GUGCCAGAAGCUUUGGAGCUGAGACCGUGUGAGGGCGCAGAGCAGCGCGCGCGGAGAGAAAACACCUGUUACUGACAGAGCAAGUGGACAAAGAGGACAAAGCGCGUGCUUUUCACUAGUACUACACAUCUGACUGCGACUGCUCUACGCACCCACACAUCCCACUGUCAGGUGGGAUCAUGUGGGUCCUGGAUAAGAUCCGUGGCUCAGUGGAGACUGGUGUGCUGCGACAAGGAGAGAACGGAGACAAGAAAGGCGUUACUCCAUCCUACAGUAACGUCCUCACCCCAGAUAAGAUCCCAGACUUCUUCAUCCCCCCGAAGCUGGUCAGCAGCUCUCCAGAACCUGAGAAUCCCAACCUAAAGCCCAGUGAAGGGCUGCAACCCUCAACAUCUGAGCAAACGAUCAGCAGUGCCAAGAAGAUCAGCAGCCCAAGAAGUCCACGCCUGGUCGCCAAGAUUGCAGGAGACACCAAGAACUUGCUGAAAGCAGCAAAUCGUCACAUCAUCCAGAUAGAAAGUGCUGAUGAUGUUGUGACUGGAGACACCAACGCGGACCCACAGUCACAGACGGCUAUGUCGCUGCCUUAUGUCCCCAAGACUCACACGCCGUAUGGCUUUGCAACUUUGAAGGAAAGCCCCCACACUCGCCGUAAAGAGUCCCUGUUCCACUGUGAGCACACCAGUCCCAUCACCUCCCCAAACACCCAGAGGAAGACCCCAGGGAGAGGCAGUGAAGGAGGGAACCACCUGACCCCAACUGACUUCAGCACCUCUCACAUGAAUCCUUACCGAUACUUCAGUGGCGGGGAGAGCGACACCUGCUCCUCAGCUGAGUCAUCUCCCUUCAGCUCUCCAUUACUCUCCCGCUCUGCCUCCCUGCUUAAAAUCUUCACCCAUGAGACACAGGCCAAAGUGGUCAAAGCCAAGCGGACAUUUGCUCGCCACAGCUCACUCUCCACUGACGAGUGCAGCUCGGCUGAGCCCAGCCCCAGCGUCCAGCGACGGCUCCAUGUACCUUCAAUCCACAGUGGGGCUGGAGUGCCCGACAACAAGCUCCAUCUAGAGCACACGAUAAGUCUACACAAAGGUGGAACCAUACGAAUCAGUGCCAACUAUGACCCCAGCACCUCCCGUCUGCUCAUCCGGGUUCUGGCUGCUGAGAGUCUUUAUGAUAAACACUUCGACAUCAAGAGCAUCAACUGCUGUGUGUCCGUCUACCUGAACCCGGGGAAGCUACAGAAGCAAAGGAGCAACAUCAUCAAGAACAGCCGCAACCCAGUCUUCAAUGAGGACUUCUUCUUUGACUCGAUAAGCUCGGUGCAGGUGAAGAACCUGUCCAUGAAGUUCAAGGUGGUGAACAAAGGUACCAGCCUGAAGAGGGACACACUGCUGGGACAGAGAGAGGUGCCGCUGACAAAGCUGCUCUCUGGGCUUUAGAGCCAGUGGACCUGGAGGUCAACUAAGGCAAAAAACAAUGAUAUGAGAUGUUUGCACUGGUUUUACACAAAUGGUUGUUUUUUUCAAAUGAGAUACAGACAUAGACAGUCAA